AUGCCUCACUUAACUCGCAUGCUUCUUCAACACAACGCCUCACUCACGUCCCUCAAAGUGCGGGUAUCUCCUGGGCUUACUCUGGAAUUUUUUGUAGAAGGCCUGAAGACGAACACUACGUUGAAGGUGUUGCAAAUUGAUCUUAUCCGAAAUUGGGGGUUAGACGAGAAUGACCUUGACUUGUUCUUGGAGCUUUUGGAAAGGCACAAUUUCACUUUGGAGGAGUUGAACGUGGUGGUGCCUCUGUGGAAGGAAGACAUGACGAAGAAAAAGGCAGAAAGGAUCAAGUUCUUACUUCGGCUCAACAAGGAUCAUCAGAGGUUCGACAUCUUGCAGAACGACGCUACACGAGAUACAUUGGUGCAUGCGCUGGCCUUGACAGAUGACCUUUCUGUCAUCGUGUACUAUCUCGACCAGAAGCUGUCCCUCUGGAUCUAA